GUUGCGCUCUGUGUUCUGUGUGUGCCAUGGACUCAGCCCAGUGAUAUUGACAAUAGAGAGGAAACUGCCGGCGGAACCUCUCAGCCAGCCCAACCCUCAGCCAGCCAGCCCUCAGCCAGCCAGCGCCUCGCCCCGCCCCCCGGCCAGCCCGGCUCUCAGGGAAUGGGAGUCCCAUUGUGAGGCUCUGCCAGCGAUCCGUGCGGAUUAUCCCAGCUCGCAGGAAGCAGGCCCAGCCCGACACCGCAGCCCGUCACCAGGAACCCCCUGCCGCCUCUCUGAUCCCAAUCAGGAGCUCCAAGUAGGGAUAUGUCCUCAGCACCAACCACUCCUCCAUCAGUGGAUAAAGUAGACGGAUUUUCUCGGAAGUCCGUCAGGAAAGCAAGGCAGAAGAGAUCGCAAAGCUCUUCUCAAUUCAGGUCUCAGGGGAAGCCAAUUGAGUUAACGCCUCUUCCUCUGUUAAAAGACGUCCCGACCUCUGAACAACCUGAGCUGUUCCUAAAGAAACUUCAACAGUGCUGCGUCAUUUUUGAUUUCAUGGAUACACUGUCUGAUCUUAAAAUGAAAGAAUACAAACGCUCUACUUUGAAUGAACUGGUGGAUUACAUUACAGUAAGCAGGGGGUGUCUAACAGAACAGACUUAUCCUGAAGUAGUUAGAAUGGUCUCGUGCAAUAUAUUUAGAACUCUCCCACCUAGUGACAGCAACGAGUUUGACCCAGAGGAAGAUGAACCCACGCUUGAGGCUUCAUGGCCACAUUUACAGCUUGUAUAUGAAUUUUUCAUACGAUUUUUGGAAAGCCAAGAAUUUCAACCCAGCAUUGCCAAAAAGUACAUAGAUCAAAAAUUUGUAUUACAGCUUUUAGAGCUAUUUGACAGUGAAGACCCCCGUGAAAGAGACUAUUUAAAAACAGUCUUGCACAGAAUUUAUGGAAAGUUUCUUGGACUUAGAGCAUUUAUUCGAAAACAGAUUAACAAUAUUUUUCUACGGUUUGUUUAUGAAACUGAACACUUUAAUGGUGUAGCGGAAUUGCUGGAAAUAUUAGGAAGUAUUAUCAAUGGUUUUGCGUUACCUCUGAAAGCUGAGCAUAAACAGUUUCUCGUCAAAGUGUUGAUUCCUCUUCAUACUGUCCGCAGCCUAUCUCUCUUCCACGCACAGUUGGCAUAUUGCAUAGUACAGUUUCUGGAAAAAGAUCCUUCACUCACAGAACCAGUUAUUCGAGGGCUGAUGAAAUUCUGGCCGAAAACGUGCAGUCAGAAAGAGGUCAUGUUCCUCGGGGAGCUGGAGGAAAUUUUGGAUGUGAUUGAACCUUCACAGUUUGUAAAAAUUCAGGAACCUUUGUUUAAACAGAUCUCCAAGUGUGUAUCCAGCCCUCACUUUCAGGUGGCAGAGAGAGCUCUAUACUACUGGAACAACGAAUAUAUCAUGAGUUUAAUAGAAGAGAAUUCCAGUGUAAUCCUUCCCAUAAUGUUUGCAAGUCUCUAUAGGAUUUCCAAAGAACACUGGAACCCGGCCAUCGUAGCUCUUGUGUACAACGUGUUAAAAGCAUUUAUGGAGAUGAACAGCACCUUAUUCGAUGAACUGACAGCCACUUACAAGUCAGAUCGCCAGCGUGAGAAGAAAAAAGAAAAGGAGCGUGAAGAACUAUGGAAAAAAUUAGAGGACCUUGAAUUAAAGAGAGGUCUUAGGAGUGAUGGAAUUAUCCCCACUUAACAAAGGAAGCUACUGCAUCUUCAUCCUGUGGAGUCACAUUAUGUAUUAGGAGAUGGAUCAACAGUUUCUGUAUUGUGCAACUUUACAGUAGAUCACAUUUGUUUCAUUAUUACAGCAGCACUGUAUAUAACUGUCUAAGUAAAGAAAAAUAUAUGGACUUUAAUCCAAAGUUUGGACAGUAGACGAACUCAGAACUUUACAAACAUAUUCAUUGUUUUAAACUUUCUGGAUCUCUUUGCGGUGUCAAAAUUCCCAUGGUCAGGCACUUGAUAUGUAUACGUAUUCAUUCUAGCUUCUCCUCUGUUAAGUCUAUUGAUCUAGUUAAAAAUCGGGGGGGACAUCAUUUAGGUUUGUGGAGCAUCCUCGUAACCUGGAUAACUUUUUCAUUGUCUUUUUUUUUUUUUUUUUUUUUUUUUCCGCAUCUUUUUAAGAGCUGAAUGUCUUUGCAGAACUGUUCCCCACAAUGGUUUUGUGAAAUAUUGGUCUAGCUCUGGUGCUUAUUUGAAAAAAACAUUAUUAUUAUUUUUUUUUCUCAAAUAUUGGGUAUGCAUAAGAGAAUCCGGCAGAAUUUUAUGGUGGUGUUUAUGCCGCAAUGUGCGUUGAUAAUGAGCUUUGUAUAAACACACGGUCAGCGAUGCAAAACGCAGUACCUAACCAGUAUUAGCUCUAUCUGCUACAUCAUUGCGACAUGCGAUACAGGACUGUUUUAGGAUCUUAUAUAUUAGCCAUUAUUAUCCUACAAAAA